AUGUCAUAUUCCCACAAUUUUGAGCCCUCUCAGAACCCAGACAUCAUCAACAUAAAAACCAACAAUCCUCAAUCAAAAAGAUUAAAGAAGCUUAAAUCUAAAAAACGCAGAACUAAGCAUUGUCCAAGAGGCAAAGAGAACAUUAAUCCGCAUAAUAGCCAGCAGCCCCCUUCAGAGCAGACUGAAGUUUACCAGAGCACGCCAGCCUCUAGCAAGCUAGAGGCUGGCUUUGUGCCAAGGAUUCUCAAGUACAGCCUUCAGAUAGAUAAUGUUUCAUGUGGCGAGUCCCAUAUUGCUUUUAUAACUGAUUGAGGUCAUUUAUACAUGAGAGGAGAUAAUUCAUAUGGAAAGUUAGGCUUAGGAUACACAGAUCCAUCAGAAAUUGCCCUUCCUUCUCUAGUAGAGUCUCUUAGUGAUUAUGAGAUCAAACAAGUCUCUUGCGGUGCAAAUCACACAGGCUGAGUCACCAAAGCAGGAAAGGUGUUCCUCUGGGGUCAGAAUAAAUAUGGAGCUCUUGGAAACGACUAUGGACAGGAUGCACCUCAUCCUCAACUUGUAGAUUAUAUCUCGCAGUAUAAGAUAAAGGCACAAAAAGUCUCAUGUGGAUGGUAUCACACUUGUAUUUUAUCUACUAAAGGAGAUGUGUUCUUGACAGGGUUUCUACAGCAGCAAUCUGACCAGACUUUUUCACUUAUACAUGUACCUGAAAAAUGUGUGGAUGUCUCAUGAGGAGAGAAAGAGGUAUUACUUCUUACAAAAAGUGGAUUUGUAUACUCUAUCGAUCUUACGAAUCCGGAUAUGAUGCGACCUGUUAAAGUGAAGGAUCUUGAGACUGAAUUUAUCAUAAAAAUCGACUGAAACCAAUACUGUGCUGCUAUUACUGACGAGAAAGUUCUUUAUAUAUGGGGAGAAUCCUUUUUAGGAAACUUCAAGAAACCAGAGAGAAUCGAAUGAAUUCCGAAAUCAGUCCUGGAUGUAUCUCUUGGAACUUCAGUAUCAGCUUGUAUUGACUCAAGUGGACUCAUAUGGACCUGGGGAGAGAACACAAACGGUGAACUUGGAGUAGGAGAUUUUCAACCAAAGUCAACCCCAUUCCCUGUAAUGGCUCUUCAGAGGAAGAAUGUCACAAAAAUUUCAUGAGGAGGAUCUUUCUACAUUGCUAUCGGCAAGCCGAUUAUUAAAAGGAAAAAUACUAGAAAUAAAGCUUCGAAUAUUUCGAAUACUGAAUUUAUUAAGACUGAUGGUAAAUUGAUAAAAGAAGACUCUGGCAUCCAAAUUCAAAGUAAUUAUGUAGAAGAUACACUAGAGCCCUUCAGAUGUAGGAAAUCUUCUACAAAGCUUGAACUUGAAAUUGAGAAACUUCAGACUCAAAAUAUACAACUUUUAAGUAAAGCUAGGGAAACUCCUGACCCUAUUGAUUACCAACAACUCCCUUUUGCUCGUGAGGUAAAUCUACCAGGCUAUCCUGAGCACCAAAGGAUGGUAACUGUAAAUGAUUGUCAGAUUCAGACAGAGAAAGGAUCCAAAACUGAAGAAUCCGAAAUCACUAGCUUUAAGAACAUGAAUGAGGUCCUUGUCAAGAACACAAUGAUCUCUGAGAAAUCAAAUAUGGCGAUCCAGACUGACAUCGAGGGGAUGAUUCAAACUGAAUUUAGUAUUUUCAAUAAACAGAGAACCCAGAGUUUACUUGAUGAAACCCAGAAUGAAAAUACUACCCAAAUGAUGAACAGAUCCCUGAAUGUCUCUAAUAUUGAAGAGAAGGACUCUGUUAUAGAAUCAUAUGAACAAACUAUUUCUUAUCUGAGCAACCAAGUAAAGGACUUACAGAAGGAAGUUUCUAAAGUAAAGACGAUGAGAAACGACCUUACCGAGUUGGAAUCCCAGCGUAAUCAAGAACAACAAGAAAAUAUUCAGGUGAUAUCAGACCUUAAGUUAAAAUUAGAGCAAUCUCAAGCCCAAAAUAUGCUAUUAAGGACAGAAUUUGAUAAUUAUAAAGAAUUGAAAGAGGAAGAAAUCGCCGGUCUCAAAAUCGAUAAGACAACUCUCCAAACAGAAUAUGAAGAAUAUAAGAAUGAUUAUAAUGAGUUCACAAUGUCAGUUCAGGAACUUAGGGCUGCUCUGGGCAAGCUUAAAAGUGACUAUAAGCUUCUAUCAUUAGAAAACUCAACUCUACAAGAUGUACUAGCUAAAGAGAAAGACCUGAACAAGAAGAAUUUUGAUAUGAGAAGCUCUCAAAGAGAAGAAGUAGCUGGUUCAGACCAAAGAGUUAGGGCGAGUUAUAUAAAUCCUUAUGAAUCUUUGCCGGUAGAUAACUGACCUCAUUUGGAUUAUGAAGAUAACACCAAGAAUUAUAGAUAUAGCUCGGUGAAAAGGAAAAAUAUGAGAGGUCCUUAUACUCCAAGCACUUUACUUGAAAUUGAUGUAAACAAUGUGGAUAGAAAGAGGUACAGAGGAGAUACUCUUUCUCCUAGCCAAAGUUCCCAUAAUGUAAAGCUUAACUUUGGUGAUGAAAUCAACCUAGAUUCUCAGUCUCCAAUAUUAUACUAUUCGUUCCCAAAAUCUGGAAAAGAAAAUGAGAAUGGAAGGACUUCUCAUUCCCAAGUUCCAUGGAUUCAGACACCGUUCUAG